AUGAUGGACACCAGAGAUGGGUUUUCUGCUGCAGGACGAAAACUGGAUUAUAGAAGAUUUACGGUCAUCGAAGGCUCGGCGUGUAAAGAGUCACUGCACUAUGGAGGACUCAAUCCCAGGAAAAAGCUCCACUCAGCUGAUGAGAUUCAGCAACACGGCCAUCGUCCGAAUCCAGAGGGUGCCGGCUCGGUGUCGGUGAGGGAGCUUGGCACUGGGAGGGCAUGUCAGAGAUGUUACAUUAUCACCAACCAACUCAACAGACAGGCGCUGGCUCUGGCUGAGUCCAGUGCACUCAAGGACCCAAGUUUUGCAGGCCUCCUUCUUGAUAAACUUCAGGCUCUAGAAUGGCCUCCAAGGGGUCAGGAUGCUGAUAGCUGUUGUGAAGUGUGUGGAACUCCUCUGCACCAGCUACGACGCCUGGCUCUUCACUCAGCCCUAGGACUGGCUCUUGAUGGUACCCCUAACCUGCAGUGUGGACCUUUCUCUGGCCUGCUAGGACCUCACCCCAUCGCAUCAUCACCGAGACCCUGCUGGAUGAACCAGGGUUCUUCAUCUGCUGCUGUACAACACCCCUCAAGGUCCCACGUCAAACCAGUGACUGGUAUCAAGCAUAAGGAAAUGGGCUGGACCACAUCUGGAGCUGCUGGCAUGGACAUAAAGCCGAGCUGCCAUGCUACUGUCACUCCAUUACCCAUCUACGCUCAGCAGUAUCUGGAAGGGGUGUGGAGUGUGACGACUGUAAGCAGAGGCCAUCAGCAACCACAAUCGCAGAAGGACAGCAGGACUUCUGAAACUUCACAUUCUAGCCAAGUCACUGCUGUUCCCUCCAUCGCUCGGAAAGGAAACAGAUGCACCAGCCAGAUAACAUCUCCACCUCCAGCUCAAAGCACCUCCGCAGCUUCCUUCUUCCUCAGGGCUGCUCAGAAGCUGAACCUCUCCAAACGGAAGAAGCCUCAGCCUCCUCCUCCGCCGUCCCCGCCUGACCGCGAUGAACCGUUCUUCUACACAGAUGGCUUCAGCGCCGCCCUGCAGCUUUCACCCCCACCUGUCCCACCAUGCCUGCUCAGAGCAGGGUCAAAGGUCAAAGAAUGCCCUGGGAUGGGUAAGGUUAAAGUGAUGGUGCGUAUCUGUCCUGCUAAAGGAGAGCAGGACACUUCUGAGUCCAUGUCCUUCCUGAAGGUGGACGCUCAUAAGAAGCAGCUGACCUUCUGCGAACCUCCUACUAGCGCUGCAGGUCAGAGACGCUUUUCCUCCACCAUGGCCCCAAAGACCUUCAACUUUGACGCAGUCUUCACCCAGGAUGCCUCACAAGCGGAGGUGUGUUCAGGGACGGUGGCGGAGGUCAUUCAGUCUGUUGUCAACGGGGCAGACGGGUGCAUCUUCUCUUUCGGACACGCCAACCUGGGGAAAAGCUACACCAUGAUCGGGAAAGACUUUUCCACUCAGAACCUGGGCGUCGCCCCGUGUGCCAUCUCCUGGCUCUUCAAGCUCAUCGAGGAGAGGAAAGAGAAGGCUGGGGCUCGGUUCUCUGUUCGCGUCUCGGCUGUGGAGAUCAGCGGGAGGGAUGAAGUGUUGACGGACCUUCUGGCCGACUUCUCUCCAGGAACUCUUCAGGAAGUCCAGGGUGCAGGGGUCUACCUGAAAGAGGACCCCAUCUCCGGAUCACAGCUCCAGAAUCAGAGUGAGCUCAGGGCGUGUACUGCAGAGCGGGCUGCCUACUAUCUGGACUUGGCUUUAACAGCACGCAGCACCAACAGACCUGAAAAUGCUGAAGAGCAGCAGUGCAACUCUCACAUGCUCUUCACCCUGCACGUCACCCAGUACCGCAUGGAGAAGAGCACCAAAGGAGGAAUGUCUGGGGGUCGGAGUCGUCUACAUCUCCUGGACCUUGGCAGUUGUGAAUCUGACGUCACUCGAACAAGGGAUGGAGGUGGAGGCCAGUGUCUGUCUCUGGCCGCUCUGGGGAACGUCAUCCUGGCUUUAGCCAAUGGUGCCAAGCAUGUUCCUUAUAGGGACAGCAAGCUCACCAUGCUACUGAGGGAAUCAUUGGGCAACAUCAACUGCAGAACCACCAUGAUCACCCACAUCUCGGAUUCACCAGCCAGUUUUACCGAGUCACUCUCCACUGUACAGCUAGCCUCUCGAAUUCAUCGCAUGAGGAAGAAGAAAUCUAAGUAUGCCUCCAGUUCCUCGGGAGGAGAGAGCUCUUGUGAAGAAGGACAAACCCGACGACCAUCUCAUUUAAGACCAUUUCACCCCAGGACGGUGGCUCUAGACCCAGACCAUCCUGCCCUUCUGUCCAGUGAUCCAGACUACUCCUCCAGCAGUGAGCACUCAUGUGAUACAGUUAUCUAUGUAGGUCCUGGAGGAGCCCAUAUUUCUGACCGUGAACUUAGCGACAAUGAGGGCCCUCCAGCCUUCGUUCCGAUCAUCCCUUCACUGAACAAAAAGCGUGCAAAAGAGGCUCCCAAAUCAGAUGGGGAUCAUCUAAAGUGCAACACAUUUGCAGAGUUACAAGAACGGCUUGAGUGCAUUGAUGGAAGUGAGAGCACAGCUGCUUUUAUCAGUGAAGGAAAAGGACCGCAGACAGUCUCUAAGACACAAGAUGGAGCUGGGAAAACUACAGACGGGGUUCUUGCAUGUACCAAGAUAAUUAAAUCCUCCCUCCAAAAGCCUUCAUACAUGGAACACUCCAAAGUGCCCUCAGAAGGACCUCUAUCUGGUCAAGACCCUGAGCCAGUUGUACGAGAGAAGGUCUUCCUUGACAAAGGACCUUCACCCUCAUUACAAAAGACCUCAAAUUUGGUCAGUGAUAGUAUUUUAGCCACAAGGACACCUCCAGUGGGUAUGAGCCAGCCAGCCCUCAGGCAAGGAGUACCUUAUCAUCUAAGUAGGAGUCCAAUGGAAGUGAGCCACCUCCGAGCAGCUUUUCAGAGCAGAUGUCUUGAGAGAGAUGUUUUAAGGACGACUGUCACUCUACAGCAACCUGUUGAGCUAAAUGGGGAAGAUGAAAUAGUAUUUACUGUGGUCGAAGAGCUACCCACUGGACUAAUUCCAGACAAUGGCCGACCCUCCAGCAUAAUCAGCUUUAACAGUGACUGCUCCCUGCAGGCUACAUCCUUUGCAUCACGUCCAGUCAGUAUAAUCAGCAGCAUCAAUGAUGAGUUUGACGCAUAUGUAUCACAAGUCGACAAUGAACAGGAAAGCCAUGCAAGGUCAAAAGAAGAAAUGUCCUCUGACCACAGCACAAUGCUAUCUUCCAAAGGAUCGUAUUUAAGAAAAACGGUGAAUACUGAUUCCACAUACUUGCCGAGAGGUAUUUCAUCAAAAGGGGUUACCAUACGUGAUAAUAUUUUGACAACAAAUAUACCUGGUGCUUUAUGUAUGGAGUCUUCCUCCCAGCAAGGCACAAACAGCUCCUUCAGUGACAGUGCAGUAUGUUUUUCAGAACUAGACUACCAAUCAGAGACCUCUGAAAAAAUUCCUAUCCCCAAGUGCCCACCGCCUUUUGAUACAAAUAAAGCGUCUUUCAGAGGUCAAAAGUCAGUUAAAUCGAGUACCACUGGUUCCUCGCAGUCAGUACAGACACCUAGUAUGAACCAGUCUACUCUCCUGAGAAAAAACAAACCUACCUCAUCUGUUGAGCCAAAUAGCAGCUUCAACCGAGAGUUGCAGAGGCAAGGAAGCAGGACAGACGAACACUGGAUGCCCAUUAGUAGCCAGGUAGAUUUAAGAAGUACAGAAUUAAUCUCUGCAGGCAAGCCACCCAAAACUGGCAUGAGUGGAAUACCAUCCAGGAAGGCCACAGGCGGGAGCAGCAGCAGUGCACCACGGUCUCCAAAAAUGCCCCCAUCUUUGUCCUCCCAAAGAGUGGUGGAUGGUUGUGAAAAAUCCAGUGUUAAAAAAGGAGAGAGCCUGAGCAGAAUGCCUCAGCUUAGACGAGGUGCCACAACACUUGGCAUGAUCACUGUGCCUCAAAGUACCUCAGAUUCCAAGUGGGGUCAUGAUGCCAUGCAAACAAGUACCACUUUGAAAUACUCAUCCUUAGGGAAGCGGUCAAAUGGGCAGAAAAGCAGCUUUCUCCCAAAGUCUGGCAGCAUGUCACCUCCUGCCCCACCCAUCAGAAAAUCUAGCCUGGACCAGAAGACACGUGCUUUGGUGUCUCCCAGUGCCUUAAGGUCAUUGAGCAAUGAUGCAGCCAGAUCCUCAUCAUCCAAAGCAACAGUCUCUGAGGAGGAUUUUGAUGUUCGGCUUAGAGGGGAAUCUUUUAGCUUUAAAUCAUUCAGCUUAAAAACAGGAUCCAGUCUUCAGAUGCGAGGUGCAAAAGGAGACAAUGGAAGAUACUCUGGGAGCCUUUUCUCCCUUGAAAGGUGUGACAGUUUGACAUCAAUUGGAUCUAAACAAGGAAUGAUGAGAGAAAGCAGUAGUGUUAACCUGGGUAAUAAUAGCAAAUCUAAUAGGAUGGUGCCAAGACUUGGGGUUACCAGCUCCACUUCCGCACCCCUUUCUCCUCCAUCAACAAGUACCCUUGCACUCAGCAAAUUUGGGCAGAUCAAAGCUAAUAUAAGUCCUAGAACCAUGGUUGGCAAUGGAAACAAAAUAAAGUCCUUGUCUAACAAUGGUUCCAAACCUUUGAGUGCCACAAAAUCAUUUUCCACCUCAAGUGUACGGACUACCAAUCUACCUCCAAGUGGAAAAACAUCAACUCGGUCAGUUAUGGGUGCAAAAGCAGGUAAAGGCACCCUCAUGGGCACAAAGCAAGCCAUUCGAGCUGCUAAUAGCCGGGUCAGUGAGCUAGCAUCAAGCAGCCCCAAGAAACACAUCAAGGGAGCCGAUGACCAGGCAAGCGCUUUUGGUGAUUUUGGACCAACUUCAAAAGGCAGCCUUUUAUUGCCUUGUUCAUUGCCAUCACCGUACAGCAAGAUCACUGCUCCUCGACGACCUCAGCGCUACAGCAGUGGCCAUGGUAGUGACAACAGCAGCGUUCUUAGUGGGGAGCUACCCCCAGCCAUGGGCCGCACUGCUCUCUUCUACCACAGUGGAGGUAGCAGUGGCUAUGAAAGCAUGAUCAGGGACAGUGAAACCACAGGUAGUGCAUCUUCCACCCACGACUCCAUGAGCGAGAGCGGAGUGUCUACCUCCAGCCGAACCAAGGUGUCAAAGUCUCCCAAAAAGAGAGCCAAUGGCCUGCAGCGGCGGCGGCUGAUCCCUGCUCCCCUGCCGGAUAAUUCCUCCCCUGGCAGGAAGGCUGGAGCUACAGGCCAGUGGGUGGACCUGCCUCCACUGGGGGGAUCCCUGAAGGAUGCCUUUGAAAUUAAAGUAUACGAGAUAGACGACGUGGAGCGACUGCAGAGAUGCAAGGAAGGAAUGGUGACUGAGGGUCUGCAGUACUUCAGCGCUCGCCUCAGGAUGCUGGAGAAGAGGCAGCAGCAGAUCCGGGAGCUCAGGGCCAAGCACGAGAGGCUGAGGAGGGAACUGGAGGACGCCAAGACUCGGCUAAUGCUCGACCCCGACAAGUGGACGGGAGAGUUCGACGUGGAUCCAGAUCUGGACCCGGAGUCGCAGGACUACCUGGAGGCUCUGGUUCAGACCACGGGAGAGCUGGAGUACUGCGUCAACCUGUGCAAGUCUCGCGUCAUGAUGGAGACCUGCUUCGACAUUCUGGCACCGACGUCCCCGGGGCAGGAGCUGGAGGUGUGA